UGUGUGACCCCUCUUACUUUCCCUCCAACUUUCUCCGUCGCUCUUUCUUUGUCCCAACACUUGAUUUUGGACGCAAAUUCCAAAUCCAAAUCCAAAAAUCACAUCACAAACUUGAAUCAACAAGAAAAAAAUAUCUAACCCAUCAAUCAAAAUUCUGCCUUCUCUCACUCUCAAUUCCUUCUCCUCAAAGUUCAAACCCUAGUGCUCCUCCAUGGAACUCUGUCCUUUGCUCGACACUUGUCUUCCUUCGCCCUCACGCUCCUCUUCUUCCUCGCACCGCCCUCUUCUAGUUUCGCUUUCUGCGCGGCCAAAUAAUCACCGUUGUUCGCGUUCUUUUCGGCCAAUUCCUCGCCGGAAUGUUUGUUUUGCUUCAACCUCGGACACCCUUGUUGCUGGGUCGCGCAAGGAGGAUGGGAAGAGUGGAGAAGCUGUAAGCAAGAAAGAAGAGGACGAGUUCGGAGAUUUGAAGGCUUGGAUGCACAGGAAUGGGCUUCCUCCUUGCAAGGUCGUUCUUGAGGAAAGGGCUUCUCAUGAUAAGAAGCAUAGGCCCAUCCAUUACGUGGCUGCCAGCGAAGAUCUCGAGGCGGGGGAUGUCGCAUUUUCGGUGCCGAAUUCACUGGUCGUGACUCUCGAGAGAGUGCUAGGAAAUGAGACCGUCGCCGAAUUGUUGACUACCAAUAAGUUGUCAGAGUUGGCAUGCUUGGCUUUGUAUUUGAUGUAUGAGAAGAAACAAGGAAAGAAAUCUUUCUGGUACCCUUAUAUUAGGGAGCUUGAUCGCCAGCGUGGGAGGGGCCAACUAGCCGUAGAGUCCCCUCUUCUAUGGUCAGAAGCUGAGCUUGAUUACCUUUCAGGCAGUCCGACAAAGAAUGAAGUUCUUGAAAGGGCAGAAGGAAUUAAGAAGGAGUAUAAUGAGCUCGAUACAGUCUGGUUUAUGGCUGGCUCUCUGUUUCAGCAAUACCCAUAUGAUAUUCCGACUGAAGCAUUUUCCUUUGAGAUUUUCAAACAAGCCUUUGUUGCAGUUCAAUCAUGUGUGGUGCAUUUGCAGAAAGUAAGCUUGGCUCGGAGAUUUGCUUUGGUUCCUCUUGGCCCUCCGCUGUUGGCUUAUAGAAGCAAUUGCAAGGCAAUGUUAACUGCUGUUGAUGGGGCUGUGGAACUAGUGGUUGAUCGUCCAUACAAGGCUGGGGAAUCAAUCGCUGUUUGGUGUGGGCCACAGCCUAAUUCGAAGUUACUCCUGAAUUAUGGUUUUGUUGAUGAAGAUAAUCGCUAUGACCGCCUAGUAGUUGAGGCAGCUUUGAAUACCGAAGAUCCUCAGUAUCAGGAUAAAAGAAUGGUUGCUCAAAGAAAUAACAGAUUGUCGAUACAAGUUUUUCAUGUUUAUGCUGGAAAGGAGAAAGAAGCGGUCUCAGACAUGCUUCCUUAUCUUCGGCUUGGCUAUGUUACAGAUCCUUCAGAAAUGCAGUCUGUUAUUUCUUCUCAAGGUCCAAUCUGUCCAGUGAGCCCAUGUAUGGAACGAGCAAUGCUGGACCAAGUUGCUGAUUAUUUCAAGAGACGACUGGCUGGCUACCCAACUACCUUGAGCGAGGAUGAGUCUCGGUUGGCAGAUGGUGAUUUGAAUCCAAAAAAGAGAGUUGCUACCCAGCUUGUUAGGUUAGAAAAGAAAAUCCUUCAUUCGUGCUUGCAGGUGACAAUCGAUUUCAUAAAUCAGUUACCAGAUCACACUGUAUCACCAUGUCCCGCUCCGUACGCCCCGUUGUUGAGAUAAGUGAGUUGUAGAUUAUUCUUCCAGCAGUGGUCAGGUCACGUAUCUGUUUUAUGAUAUUGCAAAUACCGAAUUGCCAUGCAAAAAUCAUCCUUUCUGAGUUGAAGCUAAAAGUAAGGUGGAGUUGGUGAGAUGGUUGAAGAGGAAGAUGAUAAAUUUGGAGGCCAUGGAUUUGAAGUUAGCCAUAUCCUUGUCUUCUCAACAGGCGUGACGUGGCUUUUCUUUUGGUACUACCAGUCCCCUUUGUAAAUAACCACAAUUACUCCCAUCCUUCUUUCAAUACAAUUCCCUUCCCUUUUUUUGAGAUAUU